AUGCUCGGCAGCGAGGCCGAGAGCAGCAGCUUCCACCCCCCCAAAGACGUGGCGGAGGACAGGGACAAAUCCCCCGCCUCCGACGACCCCUCCACCGCUCGGUACGCGGAGCACGGACUCCACACAGACAGAUAUUUCCUAACACCCCCGUCCUCCACAACGGCUAAACUAAGCGCAGAGGAGGCCGCGAACCCCUGCUCCUUCCUCCCCUACACCGGCCAGGCGGGCCCGGUGCCCCCCUAUCCCCCGGGCUCCGGGGCUUCCAGGUACUCCUCAUCGCUCCACUUCGGCUCCGUCUUGCAGUCCCCUGCGGGGUUCCCCCCGGCCGUGUGCUCCCCGGGGGCGCGCUCCCAGUUCAGCCCUUCGUACCAGUUCGGACAGAGUCCCAACUGUAUCUAUCCCCCGUAUGGCGGACCGGGAGCGCGCCUCAGCCCGAUGCCGCUCCACCCCGGGGGGCAUGGGGCCCGGGCUCAGGUCUACCUCUGCAACCGGCCCCUGUGGCUCAAGUUCCACCGGCACCAGACCGAGAUGAUCAUCACGAAGCAGGGCAGACGGAUGUUCCCGUUCCUGAGCUUCAACAUGGCGGGUCUGAACCUGACAAGGCACUACAACGUGUUCGUGGAGGUCGUGCUGGCGGACCCCAACCACUGGCGCUUCCAGGGCGGGAAGUGGGUCACCUGCGGGAAGGCGGACAACAACAUGCAGGGUAAUAAGGUGUACAUCCACCCGGAGUCUCCGAACACAGGGGCCCACUGGAUGAGGCAGGAGAUCUCGUUUGGGAAACUUAAGGUCACCAACAACAAAGGAAUCAAUACCAGCACCUCACAGAUGAUCGUGCUGCAGUCUCUGCACAAGUACCAGCCCCGGCUACACAUCGUGGAGGUGGCUGAGGACGGGGCGGAGGACCCCAACAGCAGCCAGAAGACCCAGACCUUCACCUUCCCGGAGAACCAGUUCAUAGCCGUCACUGCCUACCAGAACACAGACAUUACGCAGCUAAAAAUCGACCACAACCCCUUUGCCAAAGGAUUCAGGGAUAACUACGAUUCGAUGUACACGGCCCCCGACGGCGACCGCCUGACGCCCUCCCCCAGCGACUCCCCGUGCCCGCACCAGAUCGUUCCGGGGGCCCGCUACGCCAUGCAGCCCUUCUUCCAGGACCAGUUCGUCAACAACCUGCCCCCCAACCGUUUCUACGGCGCCGCCGGCGGCGUCGGUUGCCACGGCGGCGGCGGCGAGCGCGCCGUCCCCCAGACCAACGGCUUCCUGUCGGCCUCCCCGCCCGACGACCCCGCCUCCCAGCGCUGGUUCGUGGCCUCCAUGCAGCAGGGGGCCCCCAACGGAGGGGCGGCCCCCAACAAGCUGGAGCUGACCCCCUACGAGGGCGAGUACCCGGGGCCCCUGCUACCCUACGGCCUCAAGUCCCUCUCCAUGCAGACGUCGGCCCACGCCCUGGGCUACUACCCGGACUCCCCCUUCAGCAGCGUGGGGGCCGGGGGCUGGGGUUCCGGCCGGGGGCCCUACCACCAGAGGAAAGGGCCGGCCCCCGGCCUGCCCUGGUCUCCCAGGCCUAGCCCCACGGCCGCCGCGGGCUUCCCGGAGGACCUGGAGGGGAAGGACAAGACCCUGGCCAGGGAGGGCGCCGGCGAGAGCGGGAGCGGGGGCAGCGGGGGGCUGAUCUCAGCAUGGACGGACACGCCCACCCCGGGGCUGGCCCCGGACAAGCCCGACGGGGGGUCGUACGCGGCGGGCUGCAAGCGCCGGCGUCUGUCCCUGGAGGGGUCGAGCGCCGAGGGGCACUCGCCCACAGAGGUCAAGUGUGAGGACUUGGGCCCCGCCACGACCGUCCACAGUGGGCCCUACAGCAAGGACGGGCCCCCAAGAGCCCUGCCGGCGUACUAUUCCUUUUACACAAGCCCCUGA